AGCAGGAAAUAAUCAGAAAUACUUUUGUCCAGAACUAACCGUCCAACUGAAGCAGAGCAAUGAAGAACAUGAACAGAAUCAUCAGUUUUAUGCUUUAUGGUCUGUUUUUUUGUUCCUCGGUUUUCUCUAAUGAUGAUACAGAGGUCUCCUGUCAGGUCAGCAAGACUUGUAUCUUACCCUGCAGUUUCACAGCUCAUGGUGACGUUGUCAUCCACUGGAUUCAAGAGACUCCACCAGAGUCCCGGGUUCAAAAGACUCCACCAGAGUCCCGGGUUCACUCCUACUAUCGCAAACAAGACCAACUGGGAGAGCAGCACCAGAGGUUCAGAGGAAGAACAUCUCUGUUUGAGGACCAGAUCUCCAGAGGAAACGCUUCCCUGCUGCUGAGAGGAGUGAAGGUUCAGGACCAGGGCAGAUAUCUGUGUAACGUCAGCACCAUCACUGGAAAUAAGGAGAACUUCAUCCACCUGAAUGUGAACGCUCCAGUCCAGCACAUCAACAUAGAACAGGUACAAAAUAAAAUCACCUGCAGCUCAGAGGGGAUCUAUCCUGAACCUGGACUCAUCUGGACCACCAAUCCUCCAUCCAGCGUGAACCUGCAGAACCUGCCGAACUCACGAACAGUCCAGCUGACUGAACAGCAGCUUUACAGCAUCAGCAGCUCUCUGAUACUUCCAGACGGAGAUACUGACCUGGACUACAUCUGCACCGUCAGCACUCCAGCAAACAGCAGGAGAUCCACUUUGCUUCAACCAGCUGUUAUAAAUGGAUCACACACUGAAACAUUCAUCUCCUGCUCAACCGACAAUUAUCCAAUAAAGUAUCUCACCUGGACAUUUAACCACAAAGAGAUCAUCCUGACCCAGAGCGGAGAUGAAGGGCUCUACGAAACUACAGAGAGCUGGAAGCAGCAUGUGAUGACUGUAUCAAGGACAGGAGGUCUCACUCUGAAGCAUUUAACUUUAGACCAGACAGGAACAUACAAAUGUGAACUCAGGGAUGAAGAGGAAACAUACGUGAAAUACACUUUUCUUCACAUACCAAAAGACUGGACCAAAGUUAUUGUAGACGUGGUGGUGAGUUUGCUGCUGCUGGUGGUCUUGGUUUCUGGACUCGUUGGUUACAAAUACUGGGAGAGGAGGAGGAGGAAUAAAAGAGAUAAAGAGGAUAUUCUGGUUGACUUGGGCAUGGAGGAGCACGACUCAACAGAAGGGGUUAAACAGAGACUGAUCUCAGCUAUGAAGGAUCGCAGAGAAGUUCGAUUCGUUGGUCGUAAACUCUCAAAGACUCACUAUAAAGUUAUUGUCUCCGCUCUGAAGUCCGACCCCUCCGAUCUGACAGAACUGGACCUGAGUCAGAGCCGCCUGAAGGAUUCAGGAGUGGAGGUUCUGUCUGAUGGACUGAAGAGUCCAAACUGUAGACUGGAGACUCUGAGACUGGAGGGCUGUUGUUUGUCAGAGAUCAGCUGUUCUUCUCUGGUCUCAGCUCUGAAGUCCAACCCCUCCCACCUGAAACAUCUGGACCUGAGUCAGAACCAGGACCUGGAUGAUUCAGGAGUGAAACAUCUGAGUGGAUUUCUGGAGAGUCCAGACUGCAGACUGGAGACUCUGAGACUGGAGGGCUGUUGUUUGUCAGAGAUCAGCUGUUCUUCUCUGGUCUCAGCUCUGAAGUCCAACCCCUCCCAUCUGAAACAUCUGGACCUGAGUGGGAACAAGCUGCAGUAUUCAGGAGUGAAUUAUCUGUGUGGAUUUCUGGAGAGUCCAGACUGCAGACUGAAGACUCUGAGACUGGAGGGCUGUUGUUUGUCAAAGAUCAGCUGUUCUUCUCUGGUCUCAGCUCUGAAGUCCAACUCCUCCCAUCUGAAACUUCUGGACCUGAACUGGAACCGACUGCAUAAUUCAGCAGUGAAACGUCUGUGUGGAUUUCUGGAGAGUCCAGACUGCAGACUGGAGAGUCUGAGUUUGCAGAGCUGCGGUCUGUCAGAGAUCAGCUGUUCUUCUCUGGUCUCAGCUCUGAAGACCAAUCCCUCCCAUCUGAAACAUCUGGACCUGAGAUUCAACUACGAGCUGCAGGAUUCAGAUGUGAAGCAGCUUUCUGAUCUGGUGGAGAAUCCAGACUACAACCUGCAGACUCUCAGGUCCGAGCGCUACACUUUGUCAGAGAUCAACUGUUCUUCUAUGGUCUCAGCUCUGGAGUCCGACCCCUCCGAUCUGAAACAUCUGGACCUGAGUAACAACGACCUGGAGGAUUCAGAUAUGAAGCAGCUGUGUGGGUUUCUGGAGAGUCCAGACUGCAGACUGGAGUAUCUGAGAUUGGAGAACUGCAGUCUGUCAGAGAUCAGCUGUUCUUCUCUGGUCUCAGCUCUGAAGUCCAACCCCUCCCAUCUGAAACUUCUGAACCUGAGUGGGAACCAGAACCUGCAGGAUUCAGGAGUGAAACAUCUGUGUGGAUUUCUGGAGAGUCCAGACUGCAGACUGAAGACUCUGAGGUUGGUAAACUGCAGUCUGUCAGAGAUAGGCUGUUCUUCUCUGGUCUCAGCUCUGAAGUCCAACCCCUCCCAUCUGAAACAUCUGGACCUGAGUGAGAACACGAACCUGCAGGAUUCAGGAGUGAAACAUCUGAGUGGAUUUCUGGAGAGUCCAGACUGCAGACUGAAGACUCUGAGAUUGGAGUACUGCAGUUUGUCAGAGAUCAGCUGUUCUUCUCUGGUCUCAGCUCUGAAGUCCAACCCCUCCCAUCUGAAACUUCUGGACCUGAGUAAGAACCAGAACCUGCAGGAUUCAGGAGUGAAACAUCUGAGGGGAUUUCUGGAGAGUCCAGACUGCAGACUGGAGACUCUGAGGUUGGUAAAUUGCAGGUUGUCAGAGAUCAGCUGUUCUUCUCUGGGCUCAGCUCUGAAGUCCAACCCCUCCCAUCUGAAAAAUCUGGACCUGAGAGGAAACAAGCUGCAGGAUUCAGGAGUGAAACAUCUGUGUGGAUUUCUGGAGAGUCCAGACUGCAGACUGGAGGAACUGGAGUUGGUAAAUUGCAGUUUGUCAGAGAUCAGCUGUUCUUCUCUGGACUCAGCUCUGGAGUCCAACCCCUCCCAUCUGAAACUUCUGGACCUGAGUUACAACAACCUGCAGGGUUCAGGAGUGGAACAUCUGAGUGGAUUUCUGGAGAGUCCAGACUGCAGACUGGAGACUCUGAGACUGGAGAGGUGCAGGUUGUCAGAGAUCAGCUGUUCUUCUCUGGGCUCAGCUCUGAAGUUCAACCCCUCCCAUCUGGAACAUCUGGACCUGAGUAACAACCUCAACCUGCAGGAUUCAGGAGUGAAACAUCUGAGUGGAUUUCUGGAGAGUCCAGACUGCAGACUGGAGGAUCUGAGAUUGAUGGACUGCAGGUUGACAGAGAUCAGCUGUUCUUCUCUGGUCUCAGCUCUGAAGUCCAACCCCUCCCAUCUGAAACAUCUGGACCUGAGCAGGAACUACCUGAAGGAUUCAGGAGUGAAACAUCUGUGUCGAUUUCUGAAGAGUCCAGACUGCAGACUGGAGUAUCUGGGAUUGGAGUUCUGCAGGUUGACAGAGAUCAGCUGUUCUUCUCUGGGCCCAGCUCUGAAGUCCAACCCCUCCCACCUGAAACAUCUGGACCUGAAUAGCGACUACCUGUGUGAUUCAGGAGUGAAACAUCUGUGUGGAUUUCUGGAGAGUCCAGACUGCAGACUGGAGACUCUGGAAUUGAGGUACUGCCGUUUGUCAAAGAACAGCUGUUCUUAUCUGGUCUCAGCUCUGAAGUCCAACCCCUCCCAUCUGAAACUUCUGGACCUGACAGAGAACCUUCUGGAGCCUGCAUAUGUGGAGCAGCUUUCUGAUCUGGUGAAGAGUCCAGACUACCAGCUGCAGCAUCUCUGGUGGGGAAGGUUUACUGUCCUGGACGGAUGAGUCGUGUCCUGAUCGUCCUCAGAGUUGAAGCAGCACCAGUUUGUGUGAACAGACUCUGACUGGACCGUGAUGAAGAUGAUGAUGAAGAUGAAGAUAAUUUCUCAUACAGUGUAUAAUCGUCCGUCAAGAUAAUAAUAAGAGUUGUUUAGCUUUUUUCUAUUCAUUUCGGGGCCCAAGUUCUGAGGAGAUGUGCUUGUGUCCUGCUGCUGCUUCCACAUGACUGCUGUGUGCUGCUGACGCCCCCCCCCCACUUCUGGUCAUCCCGCUGUUGCUUCCACCUGCCUGCUGUGUGCUGCUUACGUCCCCGACUUCCCCAGUCUGGCCUUCGGCAGGAGGGUCCCCCCUUAUGAUCCAGGUCCUGGUCCAGGUUUCUUCCCUCCUAAAGGAGAGUUUUUCCUUGCCACUGUUUGGCUUAAGGCUUUUCUCCCAUUAUAGGAGUUUUUACCUGCCAUUGUUUAUGUAAUAAUUGCUCGGAGGUUUAUGUUUAUGUUUAUGUUUAUGUUCAUGUUCUGGAUCUCUGAAAAGCGUCUA